UCAGGCCAGGCUCUCGCAGUCCCUUCUUUAUCGUGCAUCAAGAAAUUGUUACGCAUUGGCAACCUCGGUCGUUGUACAUCCGCUCCCAGAUGAUGAGUGGUAUGAUUCCGGAAGACAUCAAAAGGCUGUGUUAUGCCUCAUUGAACAAUUUCGAUAACAGGUGGAGGUCAGCGUCCACUUGAUCACUUGUCCAGUUCCUGAAAUUGUCCCGAGAGCGAAGAAUGGAGUCAAAUCCUAAGUAUACCGCAGCCGUGGAAAGGGUCCCGAGAUUGGCACAGGUUUUGAAGGAUUCGGACCGCCACUGGAAGUCGAUAAAACUACAUGAAAGGCCCGAUAACCCUACUCUUCCAUUCAUACAGUCCGUGACUCCAGCGGCGCAUAGUUCUCAUUCGAACUUUCCCCUCACUCCCACCAACAUGCCUCUUAUUGAAGAUGCGAUCACCUACGCGGCAGCUGACAUUCCUGACUACCCCCAGGCCACUUCUCAGCUUCUCAAGAUCAUUCACGUUGGUGCUGGCGCCUCUGGUCUUCUCUUCGCACACAAGGCAGAGAAAUACCUGGAGAACUAUACACUCAUCUGCUACGAAAAGAAUGACACCAUUGGUGGCACCUGGUAUGAGAACAGAUACCCAGGCUGUGCAUGUGAUAUCCCUGCCCACACAUACACAUUCCCCUUCGAACCUAAUACGGAAUGGAGCGGCUAUUACAGCUACAGCAACGAAAUUCAGACAUACUUGGUCAAUUUCGCGCGCAAAUACAACGCGGAGAAGUACAUUACCCUGAAUACCGAAGUCUUGGCUGCGACCUGGGACGAACAAGUCGGGCAGUGGAAGGUCGAUCUUCAGCACUCGGACGGAUCCACUUCCACUGAUACUUGCGAUGUUCUUGUCAACGGCUCAGGCGUAUUUAAUAAAUGGAAAUGGCCGGCCAUUGAAGGUUUACAUGACUUUGUAGGAACGCUGGCUCACUCAGCUGCCUGGGAUACCUCGAUCGAUUGGACGAACAAAACUGUCGCUGUUAUUGGAACCGGAUCGAGCUCGAUUCAAAUGGUACCUAAGUUCACCGCCACAGCUAAGCACGUUACCGUCUUCAUUCGCAAUCAGACAUAUAUUGGACCCCAGCUCGGUUCAAACAUUUCGAAUAAGGAUGCCGACCCUGAAGCUAUGGAUCCCAAAGCAGCCGGCAAGCAUUCCUAUACGGAGAAGGAGAAGCAAAAGUUUCGGGACGAUCCUGUCUAUCACCUUGAAUACCGACGAAAAGUUGAGCGAUCCGUGGUGAGCGGUUUUCGAAUGUUUUAUCGGGGAUCCGAGCUAAGUCUCACUGCGAAGAAGGCAAUGCAAGCAGAUAUGGCCAAGAAGCUUGGGGAUCGCGAUGACCUUAAGAAGCAUUUCAUUCCUGAAUGGAGUCCUGGAUGUCGACGGUUAACGCCGGGAGAAGGGUACCUCGAAGCCCUCGUCAGUCCCAAUGUUACCUGUGUUUUCGACGAUAUCAUUAAGGUUAGCUCUGACGGCGUGAUUACGCGUGACGGCACCGAACAUCGAGUUGAUAUUCUUGCAUGUGCAACCGGAUUUGACGUUCAAUACCUCCCACAUUUUACCGUCACUGGCACCAAAGGUCAGGUAAUGCAGGACCAAAAGCAACCCAAUGUAUAUGCCUCGAUCGCCGCACCGGGUUUCCCCAACUACUUUGUCGUCAAUGGCCCUCGUGGUAACUGGGGUCAAGGUUGCGUACUGCCUAGCCACGAGGUUCAAGUCGAAUACAUCGUUAAAUGCUGUCGGAAGAUGCAGCAGGAUGGCAUCCAGAGCUUGGAGCCUCGGCAACAGCCUACCACACAGUUGAACGCGUACAUGGAUGCAUGGCACCAAAAGCACAGCGUAUGGGCAGAGGAUUGUCGAAGCUGGUAUAAGGAUAACAAACCCAACGGACGAGUCUGGGUCUGGUCUGGUAGUCUAUACCACUAUUUGAAGUUUAUGAAACAUCCACGCUACGAGCAUUAUAAGAUUAAGUACCGAAACCCCAACAAUAUUUGGGCAUUCCUCGGUAACGGUCUCACCAUUACUGAGUCCAAGUACGACAUGAACGAGAUGCCCGUCCCAUACAUCCGAAAUAAUGAGGAUGAGGUUUGGGACAUUGAAUAGACUGGAAGAUCAUAGAGACUGUACCGUACUUAGAGCUGACAUGUGUCUGAGGGAAGAUAGCUACCAAUGAAUCAUUUGA